AUGGACACAGACACAGGCAUGCACAACAACCAGCACAACAACCACCUCCACAACCAGCACAACAACCAACACAACAACCAGCACAGCAACCAACAGUUCAAAACCCUGCACAACAACAACCACAAACAGAGCAAGGACAUAAAAGAAGUAGAGAACAAGGAAACCAAGAAUUCUUAA